AUGUUGCCGCCCCAGCACGACACACUACAUCUCCUUGUCCUCAUACCACCUCCAUCCCAGUACCACCAUGAACUUUUUACGGCAAGGCCCUAUGUCUUCAGGAACUUGCGAACUAGAAAUGGGGUUCAAGAUUAUCCCACUGGACACAAGGUGGACUUCAACAUCUUCUACAAGGACCUCCUGGAGGAUUUGCAACGGAAAUACGCUUCAGAUGCUGCUAUUAUGAAACUCAAUGCAAAGGCAUAA